UGGUUUUGAUGGUGGUUUCAAUGGUGGUUUUGAUAGUGGAUUCAAUGGUGGUUUUGGUGGAUUUGAUAGUAGUUUGAUGGUUGAUAAUAGUGGUUUAAUGGUUAAUAGUGGUUUCAAUAGUGGUUUGAUGAUUGAUGGUAGUUUUGAUAGUGGUUUUGAUAGUAGUUUGGAUGAGAGAAAAGUUGUUAUCAUUCAA